AUGGAAAUUCAAACAGGUGAAGUCGAAGUAAAAAGUGAGUAUGUUGAAAAAAUAAAAGAGCCAUCAAGUUCAAACUAUUGGAAAACAGAAAAUCAGUCAAAGUUUUCAUCAGUCCCUCCAAGCAUUUCUAAAGAUACAUAUUCUAUUGAAGAAGUUGACGUCAGCCCUGAUCUCAAACGAAGAUCUCCAAUCGUUGACUCUAGGCCUCUCAAAUUCAGAAAACGAGAAGACAAAAGAGUCUCUUUCGGUGAAAACACUGAAAUCUUGAUUUCUCCUCGCCCUCCCCAAUCAGACCUCCCAGAACCUCUCCCUGAAGACCAAGAUAUCGACUCUUUGCUUCUCUUCUACACAAAUGAAAACCAUUUCGAGCAGUUUACAUCAGAUCUAAGCAAAGCUUUAGAUAAUCGAAUAGAAUCAACAAAAUCCAAUAUCAUUUCUGCCUUAGAUCACUUAAAAGAUAUGAUUGCUUAUCAUAAAAAAAUCCCAACACAACAAGAAAUUGAUAACAUAAACCAAGAAAAUGACUCCCUUCAUAAUGAGCUCCAAAGAUUAGAAAUGGAAUUAGCCGCUGCAAACCAAAAUAUUGAAAUUGAAACCAAAAAAGCCGAAAAUGAGGAAAAUGAAAUUGAGAGAAAUUUAGAAGAAAUCAAAGCGGAAUAUGACAAAAAAAUAGAAAAUUUAACUGAAGAUAACCAGCAUUAUAAAAAAAUCCACAAUUUUUAUUCAAAUUUGAUGAACCUUAAAGCAGAUAGAAAAGGAGGCAUUUUCCGAUGUGUAGCUGGGUACAAGAGUAGUGAAAUUUCUUUUGAAAUCGAUAUGACUGGGAGAUUUAUUCGAUAUACUCCACUAGAAUGCAAGUCCCAGGUCGGGAAUUUAUUGAAAUAUGAAAUCACUGAUUUAAGACAAACUGAGUUAUCCAUGCUUUUCACAAGAAUCCUCAAGCACUGCAUUACAACAGCCCCUUAA